UACUCAUUAGUACUAUACGCUCCUAACCUCAAAACGUAGGUAGCGAGUGGGGCAAAUAGUUUACCACAUUGCGCACAGAAAUAAAUACACAAAAUAUGAAGACGAGGUUCGCCCUAUGAGCGAGGAUCGGUUGGGUGCUGGAUAGUAAAUUGUGCCGCGGCCACGGCACGAUACCGAUUUCAUGGCGAUGCGGUAAAAACUGGUAUUUGGCAUCGGUUUGCUCGAUUUUCUUUGUGCGCGAAGAAAAAAAAGGCUUUCUUUUUGGAGGAGGCGGACGGUCGCAAGAGCCGCAAUGCUGCCCACCACAUCGCCACCAGCCAGGUUCCCAAGCGGACGUACGGUUGGUACAGUUUGCGAGUGCAGCGGUGCGUAAUGCAAACCGUACCUGUUGAUCCUUGGGGGCAACGAUGGCUUGCUGCGGUGUGCCGUUCGUAAGCGGUGGUCAGUCGUCUUUCGAAGCGCACCACUAACGGACCAUCACCCGAAGGCUGAGAAGGUGCUUAGAAGCAACCCUAAACCAAGCGCACUGAAUGUGCACGGGCAAGUGUAUGCGUGCGUGCGUGUGUGUGUGUAUGUGGGUUUGUGUCUGACUCGUGAGUGUCACCGUGGCGUUUUGGGACCAGUGUGUCGUUUAAGGGUCCAUGCGGGAUCCGAACAACCGGAAAGCAGUCACUAACAACAUCAAACUUCACACCACUAUCAACGCCAACGAGGGAUUGGGAUAGUGUGGCGACGCUGUGUGCGCGUGUGUACUUAUUUAUGUGUGAGGAGUGGAUGGGAGUGUGUGCAUCUUAAGUGCGUCUCGUCACUUGGGUUCGCGUCCCAAACUAACGCAGACCGUAUUUCCGCAUACCACUACAUUCCAGCAUACCGAUCAACCGAAGGAUCCUGCCAGCUAGCCACAUUUUCAGGGCUAGGCUGGACAGGUAUCAAGGUUCCAGGAGGGACUUAAAUCGACUAUUAAGUAGAAUUAUCGCGCAAGAUUAGUGCACUCAACGAGGUGGAAAAUCUCAACAUCGGUACUACCGUACCGCGUCAUGCAAGAUAGCUGAGUGUGCGAAUCGUAGUCGCCCAACGUAGAAUUACCGAGUCAACAAAAGUACCGCAAAACGGGAUACGACGCAACCAGCAGGAUGUUGGCAGAGCCACUAGAGACGGAAUGUUCACUGCCGAUAAAGGCGAAAGAGUUACCGCUGGACGAGAACAACAAUGUGGAGGAGCUGCGGACGGGCGUCACGGACGCGCUGGUACCGUUCUACGACGGGAAGAACGUACUGGUAACCGGUGGGACCGGUUUCCUCGGCAAGGUACUGAUCGAGAAGCUGUUGCGCGCCUGUGAAGGUGUUAGCGCCAUCUACAUCCUGUUGCGCCCGAAGCGUGGCCUAACGAGUGAACAGCGCUACCGCGAGUUUGUACGCCAUCCGGUGUUCGAGCGUAUACGGGCCAAGACGCCACAACUCCUGACGAAGCUUGUGUGCGUCGGUGGUGACAUCUCGCUACCGCUGCUCGGGCUGUCCGAGUCCGACCGUCGCACACUGUUGGAACGGGUCCAUGUCGUGUUUCACGUCGCUGCCACGGUACGCUUCAACGAAGCGCUCGUCGAGGCGGCCAUACUGAACACGAUCGGUACCAAGCAGCUGCUCGAACUGUGUACCGGGAUGCGUCAGCUGCAGAGCGUUGUGCACGUCUCCACGGCGUACAGUAAUGCGUGCCGGCGUGAGGUAGAUGAGGUGGUAUACCCAGCACCGAUGGAUCCGGACCGCUUCAUCCAGUGUGUGCAGCUGCUACCCGGUGAGAUGAUUGGUGCGAUCGCCAACCAACUGCAAGGUGCCCAUCCGAACACCUACACCCUGACGAAGGCGAUCACGGAACAGCUGGUCGGACAGUACGCGGAACGGUUGCCACUCUGCAUCGUGCGUCCCUCCAUCGUCACCGGAGCAGUCGCCGAACCUUACCCGGGCUGGAUUGACAACGUACACGGCAUAACAGGAAUCAUGAUGGAAAUUGGACGAGGUACAAUCAGCAGUAUCAUGUGUGACGAACGCUGCACCAUGGACGUCAUCCCGGUCGAUAUCGUCUGCAACACACUGAUCGCAGCUGCGUGGGAAAACGCUAACACCACGGUGACACCGGUUCGCGUGUACAACUGUACCUCCGGGCAGGUGAAUGGCAUCAAGUGGCACGAGUACGGCCGGAUCACGCAGAGCUGUGCCGUACGCAAUCCUACCAAGCAUGUGCUACUCUACCCAGGCUUCCGGUUCCGUACGAACCGGUUCGUACACAAGCUGGUCGAGCUGCUGCUACACUUUCUGCCCGCGUAUCUGUUCGAUGCGCUCGUUCGGGCCCGUGGUGGACAACCGAUAAUGGCACGUCUCGCCCGACGGUUCCAGCGUGCGGCCGAUACCGGCGAGUUCUUUGCCAUGCACGAGUGGACCUUCCGCAAUGAGAAUUUGCGCCGGCUCGGGGGACGGGUGCGCCGGGACCGGGCAGCCGAUGGGUUCCGCUGCGACGUGACCGGGCUGGACUGGGAGGCGUACAUCGAGGCGUAUAUGCUCGGGAUCCGCCGGUUUGUGCUGAAGGACGAGAUGGACAGCCUCGAGCAGGCACGCACCAAACUGCGACGAUUGCUUUGGUUUAAGCGGGCCCUUCAGUUGGCCGGUUUACUGCUGGUGUACUAUCUGGGCGCUCUGCUCCUAUAUCCGAGUGGAGCUUAGGAUCGGAUGUGUUGAUUACAC